GUCACGCAUAUCACCUGAUCCGAUCUGUGAUCCGCGCUGCCUGCCAUCAGCCAUCAGCGACGUGCCGCCAAGCUCUCUCGAUGCUCCGCUCCGCUCCGCACCUCGAACACAGCCCGGCAUAGCUUUGGGCCACGCCUCGGCGCAUUGGGAACGUUGGACGACUUGACCUUCGACGCGCCACGACGCACCCUCCCGUACUGGCUGACCUGCCCUAGCACGUAGCUGCCCUGGAGGCGCUGCGUAUCCGCCAUCAGCGACCAUGUCGGCCGCAGCUUCUGCGUUGUUCAGUAGGGGCGGCAGCUCCGGGAAGGACAACACUAUGCGAGGGCUGGUGUCCUUCAUAGCAGAUCUCAGAAAUGCAAGAGCGCGAGAGCUGGAAGAGAAGCGCAUCAACAAGGAGCUUGCCAACAUUCGACAGAAGUUCAAGGCCGGCAAUCUGACAGGCUACGACAAGAAGAAAUACGUCUGCAAGCUCUUGUACAUCUAUAUUCUGGGCUGGAAUGUCGACUUCGGCCACCUCGAGGCUGUGAAUCUGAUUUCGGCCAAUAAGUAUUCGGAAAAGCAGAUCGGCUACCUGGCUGUCACCUUGUUUCUCCACGAGCAGCACGAGCUGUUACACCUGGUCGUGAACAGCAUACGAAAGGAUCUUGCCGAUCAUAAUGAGCUCAAUAAUUGCUUGGCGCUACAUGCCAUCGCCAACGUGGGCGGCAAGGAAAUGGGAGAGGCGCUCUGCUCAGAGGUCCACAGACUGCUGAUAUCGCCAGCGAGCAAGCCAUUCGUGAAGAAGAAGGCUGCGCUGACCUUGCUGAGACUUUACCGGAAAGUGCCUACCAUUGUGCAGCCGGAAUGGGCGGAGCGCAUAAUAGCCAUCAUGGACGAUCCAGAUCUCGGAGUAGCCCUGUCCGUCACAUCUCUGGUCAUGGCUUUGGCGCAGGACAACCCCGAUGCAUUCAGAGGAAGCUACGUGAAAGCGGCGCAGAGACUUCGAAAAAUGCUCAUCGACCACGACUAUUCAGGCGACUACGUAUACUACAAGGUCCCUUGUCCAUGGCUCCAGGUCAAGUUCCUGCGACUCAUGCAAUAUUUCCCUCCAUCAGAAGACUCACACUUACGACAGCUCAUGCGUGACUCAUUACAGGCCAUACUUGACAAUGCCAUGGAAUCAUCCAAGAAUGUACAGCAAAACAAUGCACAGAAUGCGGUGCUCUUUGAAGCGAUUAACCUCAUCAUCCAUCUGGAUACAGAACGAGAUUUGAUGGUGCAGAUAUCAACAAAGCUCGGAAAGUUCAUUGGAUCUAGAGAGACCAAUGUGCGAUAUCUGGGAUUGGAGGCCAUGACGCAUCUCGCUGUGCGAGCAGAGACCCUCGAUCCGAUCAAGAAGCAUCAGGACAUCAUUAUUGGUUCGCUGCGAGACAGAGAUAUCACUGUGCGACGGCAAGGUCUCGAUCUCCUUUACAGCAUGUGCGACUCUACAAAUUCGCAGAAGAUUGUGCAUGAACUGCUCAAGUACUUGUCAUCUGCCGACUAUGCCAUUCGGGAAGAAAUGGUGCUCAAGAUCGCCAUUCUUACGGAAAAGUACGCCACAGACGUGAAGUGGUACGUCGAUAUAUCCAUGCGACUCAUCGCAAUGGCUGGUGAUCAUGUCAGCGACGAGGUCUGGCAAAGAAUCAUUCAGAUUGUGACAAACAACGAUGAGUUGCAAGUCUACGCAGCACAAAACAUUUUGCAGUACUGCAAAGCAGAGCUCUGUCAUGAGACACUGGUCAAGAUUGGCAGCUACAUUCUGGGAGAGUUUGGACAUCUUAUCGCAGACACGAAAGGCUGCAGUCCGAUCGAACAGUUUUUGGCAUUACAAGCAAAGUUCGCCUCAUCACCUCCCACUACGCGAGCUAUGAUUUUAUCGGCCUUCAUCAAGUUUGUCAACCUCUUUCCCGAGAUUCGGCCGCAGCUCCUGCAAGCUUUCAGGACGUAUAGCCACUCUUUGGAUUCCGAGCUUCAGCAGAGAGCAUGCGAGUACUUGGCUAUCGCCACCAUGCCCUCGGACGAGAUGCUGAGAACAAUUUGUGAUGAGAUGCCGCCUUUCCCAGAGCGAGAGUCUGCUUUGCUCACCCGACUUGACAAGAAGAGUGGCACUGCUGGUGACAAGCGAACAUGGGCAAUCACAGCGAAGGAUGGUCUGCCUACAGUCGGUCGGAGUGCAACGCUAAAGCGCAAUUUCUCCAACUCGGCGACUGCCACUUUAUCAGCGAAUGGCUCGAAUGUUGUCAAUGGAACAAAUGGCACCCAUGCUAACGGUGGUGCGAAGGCACCUAUCGAUGAGCUCGCGGGUCUCGAUCUGGCACCCAACUUUGCUAGUGCGCAAUAUUUGUCGCCUGAUUGGGAGCCAGGAUUCAAUCGACUACUGAUGCGAACUGAAGGCAUCUUGUACGAAGAUGUGCAGCUGCAGAUCGGCCUUCGAAGUGAGUACCGAAGUGAAGUAGGCUGCAUCAUCCUCUAUUUCAGCAACAAGUCGUCGGCUGCGAUACAAUCCUUCACCGCAACACUUGACAACCCAUCCUCCGAGAACUUGAAAGCAGACAUUAAGAGUCUGCCUGAGACGAGAGUGCAUCCCGGUGAACAGACACAGAUGAUGAUCAUUCUCACCGCAAACGGACCAUUCACCGAUGCGCCCACGAUACGCAUCUCAUAUAUGGCUGGUGCACUGCAAGCGCUGACACUCAAGCUCCCUGUGACACUCCACAAAUACAUGGAUGGAGCCGUAUUGAGCUCCGAUGACUUCUUCAAGCGCUGGAAGCAAAUAGGCGGCGCUCCACGAGAGGCACAGAAGAUCUUCCAGGGAUACGAUUUGUCGGGAGACAAUACCCGAAGACUGCUCACAGGCUUUAAAUGGGGCAUAUUGGACGGCGUGGAUCCGAAUCCGAAGAACUUUGUAGGCGCGACGGUCCUGCACACAAACGGAGGGAAGUAUGGAUGCCUGCUGAGACUGGAACCAAAUAUGGAGAACAAGAUGUAUCGCCUUACUAUCCGAGCCACGGAUGAGGCUGUGCCGCCGGUAUUGCUGAAGCACAUGGUAGAACGCUUCACGCAGCCAUUUCCGCAAUGACCCAAUACCCAUGCAUUAUUGCGAAAUGGUAAGCAUCGGAGGAGUGUGCCCAGGGAGCGUGUUGAGAUACCACUUGUGUAGCGUUUCAAACUUCGAUUGUACAGAUAUGGAUAAGCAUGAGAUAAGCAUGAAAGCAGAAAGAAUGUUCAUUGCC